AUGUCGAUCCGAAUGAAUUAUCCUUUCCACGAAGUGACGAAUCUUGUAUGUGUUCCUAAGAAAAGGAAGUUGUCCAUUUUUCGGGGUCUCGAAGGGGCGUGGAAACACAUAAGAACUCUUGAAUGGAAAUGGAAAAGAGAUGUAACUCCAGUUUCUUCGGAAAUGGUAAGAUCUUUGGCGCAAGAAGAAGGAGUUGACCCGUAUCAUCUUGACUUGAUCGGGAAAAUCGUACGGUUUUCUGAAACCAUGUGCUAUGGCUCGAAUCCGUAG